UUCUUCUCCUGCUUGCCUUGUGGGACUGAGCAACUGCUAGAUCCUUGGAUUUCCAUUCACAGCUGCUGCUGACCACUGUUGAGGAGUUGGACUGCAGACUCUUCAUUGGAAGACUACAAAGGCCAAAAGACAAGAAAGAUGAGCUCUAAUGAAAAGAAGCAGGGGCCCUUCAGAUGCACAGGAACAACUAAUGCCUGGCAAAGUCCCAUGGGAAGAAAGAAAGACAAGGUUUCUUCCCUGAGCUGUGCUGGCAAGAGGACCGAUCAUUCUGAGCAUACUGGGCACACGAUUCUGCCUUUAAAAGCCCGGAGUGAUGGUGGAAAUCUGGAGAUAAGAGCUGUUCUCUGGAACCCAUCAGUAAGACAUGCACCUUAUGCUGGGCAACCUAGGAGUAGGGAGGAAGAGCAUAUGGAGGACCAAAUCCAUGUCACAGUGUUGAGAGAUGACAAACCUGAACAGAGAGAAGCAGGGCAGUCCACCGAAGAUGGAGCACUGGGGAGCUGGUUCAAGGUCACGGUUCCAUGUGGGAGGAAGUAUGACAAGACGCAGCUAAUGAAUUCAAUCCAGAGCCUUUGCAGCGUGCCCUUCACACCCGUGGAUUUCCAUUUCGACAAACACCGGAUCCAGUUCUUUGUCCCGGACCCUAGCAUUGCCUCUGCCUUGAAGGAUGUCAGCUAUAAGAUAUAUAACGAGGACUUUCAUAAGAUACCUAUUUUUGUCAAUCCCUCGGUUGCACCCUACUCUGUGCAGAAUAGGUUCACAAAAGAAGAAAUGGAGCAGCUGAAGCUGACCAUGAGGAAAAGAUACGAUGUUUUCCAGCAUGCUCUCUGCCUCAAAAAGCUCCGCUUUGAUCCAGACUUGAUGAAACACAACAUAGACAUGAUCCUGAACCGCCGAAGCUGCAUGGCUGCCACCCUUCAGAUCAUCCAAGAGGAUUUUCCUAGGCUGUUGUCCUUGAACUUGAGCAGCAACAAACUGUUCCAAUUAGAUAGCCUGUUUGAUGUGGUAAAGAAGGCACCACACCUCAAGAUCCUGAACCUCUCCAAAAACAUGCUGAAAACAGUAUGGGAGUUGGAGAAGAUGAAAGGGCUGAAGCUGCAACAGCUGUGGCUAGAAGGGAACCCGUUGUGCAGCACCUUCCAAGACAGAUCUUCCUAUGUAAGUGCAGUCCUGGAAUGUUUUCCGGAAUUGUCAUACCUGGAUGGCAGGAAGUUAUUACUACCAACUGUAAUGAACAAUGAAGAACGCCAGUUAAUGAAGCCCUGCAAGGACAUCUUUAAGGGUUCAGAGGUGAUAAAGAAUCAAGUACAGAAAUUCCUGCGAGAGUAUUACUUGAUGUACGACUCUGAAGAGCGACAGGGUCUCCUGAACAUUUACCAUGACCAGGCCUGCUUCUCCCUGACCAUUCCCUUCAACCCCAGUGAUCCAGAUCUGAAUAGCAUGUGUGAGUACUUCAAGGAUGAAAAUGAUAUGAAGAGUUUCAAGGAGUUCCGCAUUCAGAGGCAGCUACUGAAGUACACAAAACAGGACAUUGUGGAGUGUCUGAGGGGAUUUCCCCAAACUCUACAUGCCUUCAGCUCUUUCCAAGUGAACAUCUGUUUCCAGAUGGAAACGAUGCUCUGCUUCUCUGUUUGUGGGUUGUUCAAGGAAGAGGGUACCUCCAAGGAAUGUGUUCGUGCCUUCAUGAGGAUCUUCAUUGCUGUCCUUGGCAGGAGUUCAAACAUGUGUAUUGUGAAUGACCAGCUUUUUGUGAGGAAUCCAAGCUCUGAAGAGAUCCAUAGUGCCUUUGUCAUACCCUCACCCACAUCAUACUCCAACUUCAAGCUUGUCCUUUCUCAAGAGCAGCAAAGAAUGGUGCAGGCUUUCUCCACCCAGUCGGGGAUGAAACUUGAAUGGUCUCAGAAGUGCCUUGAGGACAAUAAGUGGGACUAUACCAGAGCUGCUAAAGUCUUCACUAUGCUCCAGACCAAGUGCAAGAUCCCAAAGGAAUUCUUCAAACAAUGACAUAAAAACACAUGGCUGGAUGUUAUCUUCCCCUUGUCCACACUCUUGUUUCUCUGUUCCUUACCUAUGACCCCAGCUGUAAGCCCGGCCAAAGUUAACAUGUAAGCCAGGCAACAUAGACCACCCCCGCAACUAGGUAACUUGCUCUGUGUAUUUCUCCUGAGAAAUGCCUGUUUAUUUUCAUAAUAAAAGUUACUUUUGCAUUUUG